GAUGAUGCUGGACGUCCUUCAGCCAGGAAAUGAGGCGGAGCUCUGUCUGACUGGCUGUAGCUUCUAAUGCAUGUUGUGAAAAGCUCACAGAGAGGAGCCGAUACACCUGUGCAAGACUGAUGGGGAGGAACCGGUACACCUGUGCAAGACUGAUGGGGAGGAACUGGUACACCUGUGCAAGACUGAUGGGGAGGAACUGGUAUACCUGUGCAAGACUGAAGGGGAGGAGCCGGUACACCUGUGCAAGACUGAUGGGGAGGAACUGGUACACCUGUGCAAGACUGAAGGGGAGGAGCCGACACCUGUGUAAGACUGAAGGGGAGGAGCCGGUACACCUGUGUAAGACUGCAGGG